AUGAAGUCACUGCCAUCUCCUACCAAAGCAAUGCCAAAAUCACACUCCCUACAGAAACUAAAACUGACAGCAACGAAAACCACCACCAAUAAGAAUCUUCCUUCCCUUUCCCAAGACGCAUCGGCUCUCAUCAUUUCGGCCAGUGAUAAGGCGGGAAUGGAUGGAAUUGAUCGGUCCAAGAUUGAUGCCAUCAUUUUGAGAGAAUCCGGCAAUUCCUUGUACAUUCAACAACAAAAGCGACGAGAUGCCAAAGUCAAUGAACGUAUUGCCGAACUCCAAACCAAAAAACAAGAAUUGCUGCUAACAAGAUCCCGUCUCCCAAGCAAUCCCGCACUGGAUGCUCAAAUGCAAUCCUGGCAGGCUUCGUGUCCUUGCCGAGCUACCAAGGUGGUGGUCGACAUGGACAUGUUUUACAUGGCUUGUGAAUUACUAACGAAACCGCACUUGGAUCAACAUCCGGCUUGCGUAGGCAAGGGCAUGGUCCUUACGAGCAAUUACAAGGCUCGACAAUUCGGAGUCCGGUCGGCCAUGGCUGGCUUUGUGGCUGACAAACUAGUGGAAGAAUUGUCCCAUGGCACGCAACGAUUGAUUCAUGUGCCUUCGAAUUUUGCGCUUUACCAAGAAAAGGCCAAAGAAGUGGUAGCUGUGCUGAAAGAAUAUGAUCCCCACUUGAAAUCCUACAGUUUGGAUGAGGCCUAUCUGGAUUUGGGACCGUAUUUAGCACUGCAUCUGCAACAUUACAGCUGCAAAAAAGAAAAUGAAAAUGAAAAUGAAGAAAUCGAUGGAUGGAAAAAAUCAGAUGCCGGAGAUUUGGGUAAUGGUGUACUAUCAGCACUACCAGACGAGUUGCAUCAUUGGAUUCGAGACCAAUUGACGGGCUCCGCUGUCAAGGCUGGUGGUGCUGCCAACGAUAGUGACAUGGACAUCAAGAAAGACAAGGAUGCACAACAAAAAGAAGGAGAAGAAGAGGCAAGUAGCAGGGCCAUGGAUGACGAAAUGCAACAAGAAAAUGAUAUGGAGGAAUUGAAUGAAGCAGAUAGUAGUGGUGAUCAGGACUUGGAUGGUGACCCGAAAGACAUGAACGUGAAAGACACCAAAAGACCUCACCAGUAUCAAAACUACAUGAAAAUGUUGAAGAAGUAUUCAGUAGAAACUUGUAACCGAGCAAUUCAAAGCAUUGUGCAUCACAUGCGGGCAUUGGUUCAAAUUCGAACUGGUGGCUUGACCUGUUCGGCGGGCAUUGCACCCCAUUCCGGGUUGGCCAAAAUGGCCAGUGAUAUCAACAAACCAAAUGGACAAUUGCUAGUGGAUCCCCACAAAGUCUUGGAAUUCUUGCAUCCACUUCCUGUUCGCAAGGUGCCAGGGAUUGGUAGGGUCACCCAAAAGAUUCUUCAGCAUGUAUUUCAAGUCGAAACUGUGGAAGACUUGUACGAACAGCGAGCCUUGGUUCAGAAACUAUUCAAAAAUGCAUCGGCCAACUACUUACUCAAGGCAUGCGUCGGUCACAUUGGUACUAGUAGUAGCACUUCGAGCGAUGGGGGUUCCUUCAAAAGUUUUGGGGCCAACUCGGAAGAGAUUGAGGAGGAUGACCAUCAAAAGGGGAUUAGUCGGGAACGCACCUUUCGACCCGAGGCGAAUUACCAAAAGCUACAAGAAAAGUUGGAUUCCAUUGCUGACAUGCUGUCAAAUGACAUGGUACGGAAAAAGGUCAAGGCCCACACUAUUACCGUCAAAGUAAAAUUGAACACCUUUGAUGUUUGGUCCAGAGCCAAGUCCUUGGAUCGCAAUGUGUACAUUCAAGAUGCAGACGAAUUAAAGGUAGUGGCCAACGAGUUGUUUGCUAGUAUCAAAGCAGAGCUUGCUGUCAAGCAAGCAAAGAGUAUGAAGAAAAAGGGAGAAGUUCAUGAUGACAUCAAUUACAAUACUUCUGGCAUUGGAAAGAGUAGCUCUAGCAGCAGCAAAGACGCUAGCUUUGUACUUUGUUGCCGUCUCUUAGGAAUACGUUGUUACUCCCUAGAGCACCAAGAUGCUUUGCCGCAGCAAAAGCCAAUGGAUAAGUUUCUGACUCGCACCGAUAUGGCUUCUGCUUUCUCUUCAGUCAAGCAAGGUCAUAUCCAAGACGACCCUGAAGGCAAUGAUGAACGUGAAGCAACUCAAAUGCCUAGAAACGACAAACAUAAUGGCAAAUCCGGCGAUGCCCCAAGCCCCGAGAAUCCGAUGAAGGUGACGCAAGAAUCCUACACCUGCCCUUUGUGUAAUAGCGUCAUCGUUGGCGACAACGAUGUGCUGAAUCGACACAUUGAUACAUGCCUCAAUGCCUCCACUGUCCGACAAGUGGUGAGAGAAGUGACCCAGUCCACGCAGGAAGAAACGAUGACUACGGACCCAAAGAAGAAGGCGUCUCAGAAGCAAAAGUUGACAGACUUCUGGUAA